UUUCUGUUUUCAUUUAAUUGCUCCAGAGAAAGCUCUUGAUUUGUCUAAUUCCAAUUUCUUUGAUGAAUUAUCAAUAGAAUUUAAAAACUCAUUCAACAUUGCCACUAGAAGAAGGGAAAAAAAAAAAAAAAAAACCUUUUCUAUAGACCCGUCCAAAUUAGACCCUACAAUUAAUAUGGCCUGCUUUGAUUUUAGCCAAGUCCAUUCUCCAUCAAUUUAUCUAUAUAGUUUAUUAUUAGGGCUGCAUUUUCAUAUAUUAUAAAUUCAUGCAAGACAUUUGAAGAAAAAAAAAAAGAGUGAAAGCUUUCAAUAUGGAGGAUCCCAAGAAGUUAGAAGAAGGAUUUGGCAAUCAUAAGAAACAUAUUAGCGAAGAAGUAAUUGAUAUUACUAGCCAUCAAGGAAGCAAAUUAGAUAAGAAAGUUGAUAAUAAUCAAGAUUUGGUUAGCCAUGAAAAUGAGCAACAAAUAUUGGACGAGCCAUUGGAACAAGAAGAAGAACAAUCUCCUAUUAAGCAAAAGAGCAGAAGGAUUGCAACAUUGGAUGCAUUUAGAGGCCUCACUAUAGUGUUGAUGAUAUUGGUAGAUGAUGCUGGAGGAGCAUAUGCACGUAUUGAUCAUUCACCAUGGAAUGGUUGCACAUUGGCUGAUUUUGUAAUGCCAUUUUUUCUCUUUAUUGUUGGUGUUGCAAUUGCUCUUGCCUUAAAGAGAGUUCCAAAGGUUAGUGCUGCAAUUAGAAAAGUAACACUAAGGACAUUGAAGCUUCUCUUUUGGGGAAUUAUUUUACAAGGAGGAUACUCCCAUGCACCAUAUGAUCUAGCUUAUGGAGUGGACAUGAAAUUAAUCAGAUGGUGUGGUAUUCUACAGAGAAUAGCCUUGGUGUACUUGAUAGUGGCUCUAAUAGAGAUUUUAACUACCAAGCUGAGGCCAACAACUUUAACCCCUGGUCAUUUCUCAAUUUUCACUGCCUAUAAAUGGCAAUGGCUCGGAGGAUUCGUCGCAUUCGUUGUUUACAUGACAACAAUGUAUGGUCUCUAUGUUCCUGACUGGAAUUUUCUGGUGCACCAUGAAGAUAGUUCAGAAAGAUACACUGUAAAAUGUGGGAUGAGAGGUCAUUUAGGACCUGCCUGCAAUGCAGUAGGUUAUGUGGAUCGGCAAGUAUGGGGUAUCAAUCAUCUCUAUAAUCAACCUGUUUGGGCGCGUUCGAAGGCAUGCACAUUGAGUUAUCCAGCUUCAGGUCCAUUUCGUGACAAUGCUCCCAGCUGGUGUCUCGCUCCAUUUGAACCUGAAGGUUUGCUGAGUUCAAUUUCAGCUAUCAUGUCUGGAACCAUUGGCAUACAUUAUGGACAUGUAUUGAUUCAUUUUAAGGGUCAUGGUGAGAGGAUAAAACAAUGGGUUUCACUGGGAUUUAGUUUACUCAUCCUAGCCUUUAUUCUUCAUUUCACAGACGCAAUUCCUCUAAACAAGCAAUUAUACAGUUUUAGCUAUGUUUGUUUCACUGCUGGUGCUGCUGGAAUUGUAUUUUCCGGAUUCUAUAUACUGAUUGAUGUUUUGGGACUGAGACUGCCAUUCUUGUGGCUGGAAUGGAUUGGAAUGAAUGCAAUGCUGAUAUUUGUGUUGGGAGCACAAGGCAUCUUUGCUGGUUUCAUUAAUGGAUGGUUUUUCAAGAAUGAAGAUAACAACCUUGUAAAUUGGAUUCAACAUCAUGUAUUCUUUGAUGUGUGGAAAUCAGAAAGAGUGGGAACUUUAUUGUAUGUGAUAUUUGCUGAGAUUACAUUCUGGGCAGUGCUUGCUGGGAUUUUGCAUAGACUUGGUAUCUAUUGGAAACUAUAAAGAAUCACAACAACUAGAUCAAAAAAAAAAAAAAAAAAAAAAAAGGCCAAAUGAAAGCAUAUUGUAGUUUCAUAGUACUGCAAAGCAAUGGCGGAGGCUCGAUUUUCAUCCAAGAAGGUUUAUCAUCUAUUAUAUAUAUAUGAAAAAAAAUUGUCUUAUGUAUACAGUGUGAUUAUGUGGCGAAGGAAGCUCGGAUGAACCCUUUCUUCCCCUCCUGUAAAGUUUAAUCAAAAUCAUUCUACCACACCUCAUUGUCUUAUCUUUGUUCUAUUAUUUAUAAUUUAUCAUAUCACUUCUUUUCUAUUUUCACUCCAUCUUGCAACUAUUUUUAACUGUGUCAACUUUAGUUAUUCUUCUGGUCUCAACAUAACUAUCUAUAAUCCAUAUACAUGGAUAGUGUGACUGAACUUUUACACUAGCGAUAAUCAAAAAUAUAAAAAGGGAUAGUAUAGUGCACGAAG